AUGGGAGGGCAACUCACACUGACAAGCGGUGACGUCAGCGUCCAAUCGGGCGACGUAGUAAUUGAUGACGGAAGUCGACUCAUUCUCGCAAGAAACGUCGCUACGAAGGAUAUCAACGCAAGUCUCUAUUCUACAAGUGAUUCGCAAUUGAUUGUGAGCUCAGCACGAGGAGGCGGAAAGAUGCUUUUCGAAACGAAUCAAACGGGUGUAUCUAGCACAACAUACAGCUAUCUAUUUACCGAUGGUACAACAUCAGGAGUCCGAAGGUCUAUCAUGGGUAUUUAUAAAAAUUUGACCAUUAAGAUCGGAGCUAUUACGGAAACGACAACUCAAGAUUCGAAUAUAUACUGGCAAUUAGCGGUUAAUAGGGGUUCGCGUUCGCACGGACAUUUCGCCGACUCGAUAUCCUAUAGUGCGUAUGGUCAAAAUCCUAAAUACAUGUGGUCAUCCCAAACGGUUGCAGCUGACAGCUCUAAUGAAAUCGGUAUUGGUCCUCACGAUGGAACCGGAAAUCGAACGCGAAUUGGUUUAGCGACGUACCUCUCGUCUCCUGAUGCAAAUCAAGUUUGCAUGCAAUGGUCAAGCUCGGGAGCCGGUGCUUCAAUGUAUGCAGGCAGUUGGAACACUUUUUCAGAUUUACGUCUAAAGACUGACAUCUCGGCAAUUGAAUAUGGAUUGGAUACGAUUAUGCAGUUCAAUCCAGUGAGAUAUAAAUUGAUUCAUAGUCCUCAAGAAGGACACAACCUUGGACUGAUUGCUCAAGAGGUUCUCCCAAUUGCCCCUGAAUGUAUUAGCAUGAGUGGAGAGGAAAAUGAUCGUGAAGAAAGCCCUAUAAUGCUUGCUCUUGAAUACACGCAGCUGAUUCCAAUUCUGAUUAAAGCUGUUCAGGAGCUGAAAGCUGAGCUAGACGCAUUUAAAUCGAGCUUACUAUAA